UCCCUGCUCGGGUUCACUCCUCCGCACAGCCGGCAGGCUGGGGAGCCGGCAGCACAAGAGCCAUGACCCCCGCCGCUCUCGGGGUGCUUCUGGCCCUGCUGCCUCUCACCUCGACUCUGCAGAGCCAAGCAGGUACCCACCGGACACCAGAUCCUGCCGAGCCUGCGCUGCGCCGGCUGGCCCACUACCUGCUGGCCCACUACCAGAAGGGCACCCGGCCCGUGCGGGACUGGCGAACGACCACCAACGUGGCCAUCGACCUCAUGGUCUACGCCAUCCUCAGCGUGGACGAGAAGAAUCAGGUGCUGACCACCUACAUCUGGUACAGGCAGCACUGGAUGGAUGAGUUCCUCAGGUGGGACCCGGCGCACUUCGACAACCUGACGCACAUCUCCCUCCCUGUGGAGAGCAUCUGGGUGCCCGACAUCCUCAUCAACGAGUUCGUGGAUGUCGGAAAGUCCCCCCACGUCCCCUACGUCUACGUUGGCCACCACGGGGAGGUGCAGAACCUCAAACCCAUCCAGGUGAUGACCGCCUGCAGCCUGGACAUCUACAACUUCCCCUUCGAUGUCCAGAACUGCUCGCUCACCUUCACCAGCUGGCUGCACCACAUCCGCGACAUCAACCUCUCGCUGUGGCGGCAGCCGGAGCUGGUCAAGUUCGACCGGAGCGUCUUCAUGAACCAGGGCGAGUGGGAGCUGCUCUAUGUCCUCAGCCACUUCCAGGAGUUCAGCGUCAAGAGCAGUGACAGCUACGCUGAGAUGAAGUUCUACGUCGUCAUCCGGAGACGCCCCCUCUUCUACACCGUCAACCUGCUCCUCCCCAGCAUCUUCCUGAUGGUGAUGGACAUUGUGGGCUUCUACCUGCCUCCCAACAGUGGCGAGAGAGUCUCCUUCAAGAUCACCCUCCUGCUGGGCUACUCGGUUUUCCUCAUCAUUGUAUCUGACACGCUACCGGCUACUGCCGUCGGCACCCCCUUGAUAGGCAUCUACUUCGUGGUGUGCAUGGCACUGCUCGUCAUCAGCCUGACGGAGACCAUCCUGAUCGUGUGCCUGGUGCACAAGCAAGACCUGCAGCCCCACGUCCCCGCGUGGGUGAAGCGCCUGUUGCUGGAACGAGCCACCGUCCUGCUCUGCAUCCGGGACAGGAAGAAAUUCACCCAAAGCACGACGCAGGGCUCGGACAUCGCCGGGCAGGUGGAGAACAACGACAGCACAGCCAAGCUGAACCACUACGGCUGUGAGGACGCCCGCGAGUGUGAGGCGGCGGAGGGCGCGAGGCCCACGGCGGCCUUUGCGGGCCCGGCGGAGGGCUCCCCGCUGACGCACGGCGUCCUGCGCGAGAUCACCGCCGUCCGCCGGCUCCUGGAGAAACGCGAGGAGUUUCGCGACGUCGCCCGCGAGUGGCUGCAAGUGGGCUACGUGUUGGACGUCCUGCUCUUCCGGGCGUACUUGGCGGCAGUCCUGGCCUACGGCAUCACGCUGGGCACCCUCUGGUCGGUGUGGCGGGAUGCCUGAGCGGCGCCCGCAGCCCGGGGCGGGGGGGGCCCUGCGGCUCUGCCUGGCUCCAGGGGCUCGCCGGUGUUUGCUGACCCAGCCUGGCGCAUCCUCCUCCUUCCCGCCAGCUCCGGGGCAGCAACACCCGAGCGUGAAGGCGGAGCGGAGGAGGAGGAACCCCCCAAGCCCCGGCGAACCUCGCCCGAGCCCGGAGCCAUGUGCGUCCCCCCCCGCCCCGCCCCCGGCAGCGCCCCCGGCCCGGCGCGGCGCCGGCCGCCGCUUCAGCACC